CGUAUCGCCUGACAUUCGUCGACUCCGACAAUCGCUUUCGAACUUCCAUAUAGCAGACAUAUCAGCAAUCCAUUGAGCACUGUGCCGAGGGCGCGCACAUAAUUAGCCGCGUUUAGCUACGUUGGCCGGUCGGUCAAUCGGUCGAUUGGCCGGUCGAUCGAAGGCAGACGACACGACGUCGUACGCCGCUAUUAUGCACCGCCGAUGAAAAAGCUGAAGAAAAAGUCGGACAACGGCACAGGUGCGUCGUCAGGGUUGCGGCAGCAGCAGCAGGUGGUCGUCGGGAUGGCAGGCGGGUUGAACGUAAACGCAGCGGACACGUCGGAGUCUGCGAGCCGGAUCUGCAGGGACUUCCUGAGGAACGUCUGCCACCGGGGCAAGCGUUGCAAGUACCUGCACGAGCGGUCCGAGGACGACCCGGUGGAGGAAUACACCUUCUGCCACGACUUCCAGAACGGCAUGUGCAACUGGCCGGGCUGCAAGUUCCUUCACUGCACGGAGAGCGAAGAGAAGCGUUUCCGGGCGACCGGCGAGCUGCCGCCCCACGUCCUCAACCGCUCCAAGAACGGUAACACCGACAAGUCGGACUUUCCACUCUGCAAGGAUUUCAUCAAGGGCAGCUGCCAGCGGGCGAACUGCAAAUUCCGCCAUUGGAAAAAGGAGGAGCCGCAGCACAACAUGAUGUCGCCGUCGCAUCACAACGCGUCCAGGCCGCAGCAUAAUUUCAACGGAACCACCAACGGCAACGGCACCGCCGGCGACGUUCGCAGAUACGAGGAGGACAGAAACUUCCAUUGGCAGAUGGAGGAUCAGCACAACAACUUGGUGACCAACAACGGUUACAACGCGUCGUCGCAUCCGGCCGAUUACAUAGGGCCGCCGGAGCCAAAGAGGCGGAUAGUAUCGGGCGAGACGGUCGUCCACUUCGAGGCGUCGCCGCUCAUGGGUCAGCACACCACCCAGCCAACGGUCACGUCGGGCUACUAUUAUCCCGUGAUAAGCAACGAGGCGCGCGCGCUCGUGCUCGAAGACGAGAAUACGUUCUUGAGGAAGAAGAUCGAGGAUUUGAAGAAGCAGGUCAGCGACCUGACGGCGACGAACGAAUUCCUGCUGGACCAGAACGCACAGCUGAGAAUGUCGGGCAAGCGGACGAACGUGACGGCGGUGACGGUGCCGGCGGUGACGAUCACCAACACAGUGCCGCCGUCGCAGGCACCGACGCCUCAGCAGAUGGUGAACGCGGCGGUAGCGGCGGGCACCCUUCGCACGGUCGCCGCCAGCGUAGCCACCGUCCCGGUGAGCAUCGGCACCGUAGCGCCGGUCUCCAUGGCGGCGGUUUCCAUGGCACCGGUCUCGAUGCCGCCGCCCAUCGUCACCAUGGCACAGCAGACUAUCUCGAUGAGCGGCUCCGGGCCUCAGGCGACUAAUCAGCAGCCGCCCAACACGCAGCAACCCGCUAGCCUACCUCUGGCGAUAUCCGCCGCAACCGCGCCUCUCGUCUCUUACCCUAUUAUGUCCCAAGAGCUCAGGCCUGUGCUGCAAUAGGUCACCGCCACGAGGCUGGGGAAAAUACUUGCGUCGGGAUAGAACAUCGACGCAUGAUACCUCUGCUCUCGUGGCCGACUCGAGCAUGCAGUGUGCGGAGUUACCUGCCGGAUUUUCCCCUCACGUCUCGCAUCUCUCAAUGCGGCGGGUCGGAGCUACUCGGAGGGUGAGAGAAUAGUUCGUGUAUCUCGAGAUCGACUCUUAACGCCCCUAAGUUUAAAUACUGAUUUAUGCAGGCUGUAAAACGUUAACUUAUGCUGGAACCUUAAGAAAUUGACCAAUCACAAUCGAUUGUUCUUCUCACACUUCGAUUGGAUCAACUUCUUACGGUUCCGGUGAGAAUAAGUUUACGGUUUACGGCUUGCAUAAAUCAGCCUUAACUCGCGUAAUGUAUGUGCAUGAAGAAAUCAA